UUCUAUGAGGCGCGGGACCGGUGCUCUCCUCCUCCUCCUCCUCCCCACCUCGGCCUCGGACGACGACGACCACCCGCGGCGAGGUCGGGAUGCGGCGGCUGCUGCUGCUGCGGCGGCGGCGGCGGCGCUCGACGUGUGGACGUCGGAGCCAGCGCCCGUGCAGGAACGACGCCGGAGGCUUCUCCAGAUGAUGGGGCUCUCCGGUGACCCCUCUCUGGCGCGCCUCGAGAUGGGUCGAUCGGCCUCCUACGACGGGCCCAUCCGGCCGGAGACGGUGUCGCCCAUCUCCCGAUCCAGAUCGGAUGGCAGCGUGCCGGCCUCCGCCACCAAGCCCCCGCUCGCGGCCCGGUCGCGCCAAACAUCGUCCGACUCCUCCGAGGCCACGCCAGGGGGAGAUGACGCGGACCCCAGGUGCCUAAUCCGAAACCUCGACGACGGCAGCGAGUUCGUGGUGAAGGAGGAGUCCGCGCUCCGCGAGGUGGGCACGGGGAGGCAGCUCACCAUGGAGGAGUUCGACCUCUGCGUCGGUCGCUCCCCCAUCGUCCAGGAGCUCAUGCGCCGCCAGAACGUGGCAAGCUCCGGUUCGAGCAACGGAGCGUCCGCUCUCAUCCAGAGGUCCAGCUCUGAUUCAAGCAACGGCGCGACGCGCCACAGGCGGCGCGGCAGCUGGCUCCGGAGCAUCCGCAACGUCGCUGGCUCCAUGGUGGUCGGCUCCCGCGACCGCCGAAGCAGCGACGAGAAGGACACCUCCUCGGAAAAGGGAGGGCGUCGGUCCAGCUCAGCCACAGACGACAGCCAGGAAAGUGCCAGCGCCGUGCGCCGUGGCCCGGAGCGUGUCAAGGUACGGCAGUACGGGAAGACAUGCAAGGAGCUCAGUGGGCUGUUCAUGAACCAGGAUAUACAGGCGCACAACGGGUCCAUCUGGAGCAUAAAGUUUAGUCACGACGGGCGGUACCUCGCGAGUGCUGGGGAGGAUUGCGUGAUCCAUGUCUGGGAGGUGUCGGAGCUUGAGAGGAAACGGGAGGGAAAUGGGGUGUGCAAUCAACUUGUUGCCGUCGUGUGCAAUGGUUCGCCGGAGCCGAUAUUGGCAUUGGCAAGUGUUGAUGGAAGCUGUUGGGAGAAGAAGCAUCGGGCUAGAAUCUUGGAAACUCGGAAGUCUGCGAGCUCUGACCGGUUGAUGUUUCCAGAGCAUGUGUUCGCACUAUCAGAAAAACCGGUCAAAACUUUUGAGGGGCAUUCGGAGGAUGUGCUUGAUCUCUGCUGGUCUAAAUCUCAGUACUUACUUUCAUCUUCAAUGGAUAAAACAGUGAAGUUAUGGCAUAUGUCAAGAACUUCAUGUUUGAAAACAUUUUCACAUAGUGACUAUGUGACAUGCAUCCAAUUCAACCCUGUUGAUGAUAGAUACUUCAUUAGUGGUUCUCUGGAUGAAAAGGUUCGCAUAUGGAGCAUUCCGGGACGUGAAAUUGUUGAUUGGAAUGAUCUGCAUGAAAUGGUCACUGCUGCUUGCUAUACACCUGAUGGACAGAGAGCAUUAGUCGGUUCCCACAAGGGCAGCUGUCAUAUUUAUGAUACAUCUGAUAAUAAGCUUCUCCAAAAGAAACAGAUUGACUUGCAAAAUAAGAAAAGGAAGUCCAAUCAGAAGAAAAUCACAGGGUUUCAGUUUCUCCCAGGAAGUUCUUCAAAGGUGCUCAUCACAUCUGCAGAUUCACGAAUACGAGUUGUUGAUGGUUUUGAACUAGUUCAUAAAUUCAAAGGUUUUCGAAAUACCAACAGCCAAAUAUCAGCUUGCCUGUCUUCGAACGGGAGGUAUGUGAUCUCUGCGAGUGAGGAUUCCCAUGUGUACUUCUGGAGAAACGAUGACAAUUCUGCACAGGGCAGAAGCAAGGCCGUUGUGUCUGUCACAAAUUCGUAUGAACACUUCCACUGCCAGGAUGUGACUGUAGCUGUUGCUUUGCCAUCUGCUGGAUCAGCAAUGACGUCCAGAACAAAUUCCAGGAAGACCGAGGAGCAGGAUAGCAUACCGCAGCAGCACACUCAACCUGACAAACAGCAAGAUUCCUCUGAUUUCCAAUGCCUAAGCGGCAACGGCCUAAGCACUAGUUCAAACCACAGUGGUGACAGAACAUCUGCAACUUGGCCUGAAGAGUUGAUGACACCAAGUAAGCAGAGCCCUCCGUCCAGUACCAGCCUUCCCAACGGUGCUGGCCAAGCACCAAGCCGGUCGGCCUGGGGUUUAGUGAUCGUCACGGCAGGCCGUGGAGGCCAGAUCAGAGCAUUUCAGAAUUUUGGGUUUCCUGUUCGAGUAUAGCAGCUAUUAUCCUGGUGAAGAUGCUGCCUGUACUCUGUAGUCGCUGCCCCUGCGGCAGAGAUAAUUUUUUGUGUAUAGCUAGGAGGAUACGUGGGCAAUUUGCACAGCGGUCUGGGAUUGGAUCUGGUUACUUGUUACCAAGGUGCACAAAGCUCCGUUCUUCGACUAACUUACUACGGCCUGGGCACACAAGGUAUGCUGAAUUCAUUUGCCCGAAACUGUACAUGGGAAUGGCCCAGAAAGAGCGACGGGCGCCGGGCAGUCGGAGUGAGAUCUCUCUCUUUGCCAUCCAUCUUUUCUCUGUUUUCCCCCGCUCAAGUCCGUUUUAGCUUUUUUAUCCUUUUCUUUCUCUUGUUUUCUUUAUUAUUAUAUAUUCUUGUAAGAAGAAAUCUCAGUGGUACACAAAUAGAAAAGCGAAAAAAGGAGUUGCAUAGAGUGGUGAAAUUCUUUACACUAGCUUCGCAGGCUUGCAGUAUUUAGUGUUACGCGGGUAAAGUAAUUAGAAAGAGAUGAAAAUUUUGGGUUCUGGAGCUUGUAGUCCUUGCUCAUGGACAAGGCUGGAAUAGUUGAGUUACAUUUCUGGUGUAUAUGUUCUCUCGUUCAAUGUUCAAUCGUCUACUGCUCAGCAUUUUCUUUU